UGCGUGACAAACCUACAGGUUUUUUGUGUGGUCGGUACACGCUUCAUUUUUCAUUUCUGCGCGAGCUCAAAUAUCAGUUCAAGUGUUUCGGUUCAUCUGUUUACUUUGACUUUGUCUGCUGGGUUAUUCCCACAGAUGCUGCAGAGAACUUUGCACUCGAAAUUAAAUUAAAGCCAUUUACAAUUUGCGCUUAACAGUUUUUAACGAGUGGACAACAAUUUUUCUUUUCUAAGCAUCGUGUGUGAUUUGAAGAGGAAACACCUGUUGUACCUGCCUACCUGCUGUGGAUUCUUAUACUACUGAGCUUCCUGUCUAACAUUAAUGUGCAGAGAUUAACAAUGAAAACUGAAUAACACGAGAUUAAACAGCUCAGAGAGAAAGCUUUCAUUUUUGGACUAAAGAUGGAGUUGACCGGUCAAAGGGCGAAGUGUCUGGCACUGCUUUUACUGGCUGUUGUGUGUGUGCAGGCUGACUUUGUGGAGCCUCCUGAGCCCGUCACCUCCAUGCGCUCCUUCGCAGAGAGCCAGACCAGGCUCCCCUGUCACUACCAGGUGCAGGCAGGGGAGAAGGUGGUGCAGGUCACCUGGUACAAGGAGCUCCCAGAUGGCAGCAAGGACCAGAUAAUCACUGCUCACUUUAUGGAUGGACACACAGAGUUUGGGCGCUACUCUGGCAGGGUGAGGUUCGAGAGUGGGAACCCCACGAGGAACUCGGCUCUGCUCAUCCCCAGCACAGAGGAGUCGGACGAGGGCAGCUACACCUGCCACAUCUCCACCUUCCCCAACGGGAACUUUGAGAGGCACAUCACACUCACAGUUUGGAUAUUACCCAUCUUCUCCCUGGAUCCUGUAAUCCUGGUGGAGGGCCAGUCAUUUCGUUUGGCUGCCUCCUGUCGAGCCGUGGGCCGCCCACCUCCCCGUCUGUCCUGGGACACUGACCUGCCAGGCCAGUCCAACAACCGCACCAACGAGGGUGGGUCUGUGUCCAGCUACUACUCCCUGCACCCCCUGCGCAGCAUGAAUGGGAAGAAGCUGGAUUGUCUGGUGUGGCAUCCCGGCCUGGAGCAGCCGCGCAGGAUCCCAAACAACCUGGAGGUUCAUUAUCCCCCAGAUGCCAACAUCAAUGCUGGUACAGGAAACUGGUAUGUUGGUUUGGAGAAAGCUGAGCUGGUCUGCAGCAGUGGAGGAAACCCCAAACCUGAGAACAUCACCUGGUCAAGGAGAGGAGGAGCUUUGCCAGAUGGGACGUCUGUGGUUGGAGGAAAACUUGUUUUUGGGCGGGCCCUCCGCAUGAAUGACAGUGGGGUCUAUGAGUGCGUGGUCACAAACAGCGUUGGAGUGGGAAAAAUAGAUUACACGAUGACAGUAGCAGGGACAUCAAAACACGAGCUUGUGAAGGACAACCUGUUUCUGAUAAUUAUCGGUGCCUCAGCCGGAGCCUUGGUCCUGGUCCUGGUCCUGGUCGUCCUGCUGGUCAACCGCUACCAUCGACGGAAAAACAAAAAGCUUGCGAGGGAGCUCAGCGAAAAAACGGAGGAAAUUCAAAGCUUCUCCAGACAAGCCUCCAUCAGGAGACUAAACUCUGUCAGCACAGACCCCAGAGUGCCGGCAGAAGAUUACGCUCUGCUCAGAGUUGACAGCCGACUGAAAAGUAGCCAGUCUUUGGAGCGACCCAGCUACAGAGGCAGCCAGUCCACUCUGGGUGGGAAGUGGGGGCCUCCAGGAGGGGUGGAGGUGGACGAACUGGGACGUCCAGUUGUCUGGCACGAUGGCAGAGAGAGCCUGAGAGGAGCCGAGAUGGACGGAGAGAAGGAGGAGCGCAGGAGGAGGGUGGAGUCAUACCUGAAGAGCAGCAACAUGUCACUGGACUCAGGUCUGCCCUCUUCCCUGGUUCCCCUGAAGGCCCAGCAGGACGAGGGCGUCGGGCCCAGAGAACCAGACCUGGGCAACGUCAGAGAGGGAGACUCCCGACAUGGAGAGGACUGGGUUCCAGCACCGUUGGUAGCGGAGGGACAUGAGGACGAGGAGGACAGCAGCUCCUACCAGCUCUCGGAGGCGCUCACCAAUCACUUCUACUACAGUAAUGGGGUCCUCAGGCCCAGGCCACACUCCAAUGCUAUUCUGCUGCAGCCCAAAGGACCAAAUCAUUUAGACCACGGACUUUCAUCCAAAAUAUGAGAGGGGAGGAAGUCCGUCUGCUUUGAAAAUGACCUUAUUCUUUUUUAAUGGGGUGCAUAUUUUGUACAUAGUGACUUCUGUGGGUUAUUAGCCCCCAAAAUAAUCCAAACCUUUAAAAAAAUAUUUUUGCAUCUAGCUUGUGAAUUUUUUGAUUUUAUCAAACUUUAUCCCAACCCUGUGAUAACUGUGAAAUUUUUAAAUAUUUUUUGGGGGGAAUUUUAUGCCUUUUAUUAGCCAGCUGACAAUGAGGUGAAUAAGGUAAAAGGUCCCCCAGCCAGACACGAACCAGGGACAUUUUGGGUCGUGACCAUUAGGGUGCCCCUUCAUUGUGAAGUUUUGACCCCAGUUAUUUCGCUGAUAGGUCUCCCAUUGAACGUGCAAGGAAUAUUGGUUCCGGUUACCGAUGUUUACGAUAUUAUCUGCAGUGCCCGAAUAUUACAUCCACUGCUUUGGCCCCAUGAACUCUGAGCCUCGUUUACAUCAAAAACACUUAGGGCAAAGACACAAUUUAUAAGCUCCAAAUGCUCAGCCAAGGCAAGACUAAACUGGACUUUGUUUUCAUCUUGGAGGUACCAGUGGAAAAGACAGCGUGUGUAUUUGUGUAUGUAUGUAUAUUAAUAUAUACAUACAUAUAUAUAUAUAUAUAUAUAUAUAUAUAUAUAUAUGGAGAUCUUGUGUGUUUAUGAUCGUGCUAUUAACAGCCACCUGCAACUACAAAAAGGUCAAAAAGGCUGUGCACAACGAAAGUUAAUGGGUGUUCAUGGCAGCAAACUGGUUUCCAUGACCAGGUUUAAGCCAUACCAGUGCACAGCAGUGAAGAGAUGCUAGAGCAUGCAGAAGAUGAAAUGUAAAGCAACGUUCUGUACUGAUGAACAAUCAGAUGUGUGUAUAUAUUGUCAUGUAAAUUGUUUUAUAUUGAGUGCUUUUCUAUAAAAGUGAAAGACUUUAAACAUGA